GUAGCCAAUGAGAUACCGGGCAAGCGGAAACGAAAGGAGGUGGCGGUGGGUAGCGGCGAGGAGCCGCGGACGGCAAAGCGUGCCAAGAGAGGCAGCAACGAUUCUACUCGGGCGAGUGGAGGCAGCAGCGCAAGCGGCAGGACCAGCAGGGUGGGCGGAGGAGGAGACAAGGGCAAGGACGACGGUCAAAUGAUGCGAGUGGGGUCUGGGCCGGCUCUGCCGGCGCAUACAACGCGGCUGGUGCGGCGGGCAGGGGUCAAGUACACGGUGCUUGAGGCGCAGGUCCUGGAGAUCAAGGAGAAGCACCCGGAGAUCCUGCUCUGCGUCCAGGUUGGGUACAAGUUCCGGAUGUUUGGUGAAGACGCUGUUGCGGCGGCAAGGAUUCUCUCGAUUGUGUGCUAUCCGAAGAACAACUUUGCCAACGCCGCGUUUCCGCUCACCUCGCUCGCGGUCCACGUCCCGCGGCUGGUCCGCGCUGGGCACAAGGUCGGUAUUGUGCGGCAGACCGAGACGGCUGCGGUGAAAAAGGCGACGGCGUCCAAGGGCUUGAUGACGCGGUCGCUUGCCGAGGUCUUCACCAUCUCGACACUCAUUGAUGAGGCGUUUGCGGCGCAGGUGAGCUCGACGACCGAGCACGCGUCGACACCACAGGCGCGGUUUGUACCUGGCGGCGGACGGUUCCGCAAGUCGAGUGCAGGCGAGCGUAGCGGAGCAGCUGUGAGCGACUCGGGCGGGCCAGACGCGUGGCGCCCGACAUAUCUUGUGUCGGUGUGGGAGGAGAGCGGCGAGGCCGGGCGCGAGCCGGCGAUCGCGCUUGCUGUUGUCCAGCCGUCAACGGGCGAGGUGCUGCACGAGUCGUUUGCACCCGAUCCGCUGCGAACGCACCUCGAUGCAAUGCUCAAGCGACUUCAGCCGUCCGAGUAUUUGCUCCCGCCGGCGGGCACGCUCUCCAAGCAGACCGAACGGAUCAUUUCGUCACACGUCGACGCCAAACGCAACACACUGACGGGCGUGCGGACCGAGCGGCUUGCGAUGAGCGCGUUCGAGGCGGCAACAGCGCGCAAGGCGCUUGUGGAGCUGGGCUCGUCGGUGCUGGCGGUGGCGGACGAGAGCGAGGCGCUGGUGCGGGCGUUUGGAGCGAUGGCGGACUGGCUGGGCCAGUUCAAGCUUGCGCAGGUCCUUGGGCCGCGGGCACAGCCUGCGCGUGUCUUGCAUGCGACGCGGAUGCGGCUGUCGGCAUCGGCACUGGCGAAUCUAGACAUGGUGAGCGUGAGCUCCCCACUGGGGCUCACCGGUGCAGGAGCGUUCUCAUCAGCCAAGCGGCGGUCGGACUACGGGUCGCUGUUCUGGGUUCUCGACCGGACGCAGAGCGCACCGGGGCGGCGGCGGCUGCACUCGUGGAUGCUGGCGCCGCUGGUGGAUGCGAAGGCGAUCCAAGAGCGACAGGCCGCUGUGGCGUAUCUGGCGUUUGAGUCGAGCGGGGCGGAGCAGCUUGUCAAGCUGCUGACGGCGCUGCGGACACUGCCGGACUUGGAGCGUGCAGUCGGAGCGCUUGUGUUUGGGAGGCUGUCGCCGGCGCAGUUUGUCAAGGUAGCAGAGGGCAUGCUAGUGCUGAUGGACGCGCUGCCUGCAGCGUCGGCGCUGGCUGGCGCGCCGCUGCUGGCCAAGCUCACAUCGUCGCUCCCGGAGCUCGCGCCAGUGCUCCGGGCCAAGCUCGGCGAGCUCUUGCCUGCGGCUGCGGCAUCGGGUGACAUGGUGCGGCUGUUUAUGUCGGAUGCGCAGUUUCCGGAGCUGGCGAGGGCGCGGAGUGCGAUGGCGCGGCUGCGGCGCGAGUUGGACGAGGUGCAUCUCCCGACGGCACGGCGCGAGGUCGGCCUCCCAGCGCUGAGUUAUGUCUCUGUCUCGCAGGAGGACUACCUGCUCGAGGUUCCGGUCAAAGCCGUGGACCGGGUGCCGAUGGACUGGAGUCUAGUCUCGACGACGAAAAAGGUCAAGCGUUAUCGCCCGGCAGCAGUGUCGCGGGCGCACCAGCAGCUGCAGGUGGAGAGCGAGCUGGCAGAGGCGGCGGGCCGGGCGGCAUGGGCAGGGUGGCUGAAAGGCAUUGCCGACAUGUACUCUGAUCUCAAGGCGUACGUCGACGUAGCUGCGACGCUGGACGCACUGCAUUCUCUUGCGCUGCUGGCGCGUACACCGGGCUACACUGCGCCGCAGCUUGUCGAGGCCAACGCGGACGGAGCCGGGAUCCUGCGGGCGACAAAGGCUCGACAUCCUGUACUGGAGCAGGUGAUGGCGUCGUCUGGGGCUGGCGAGUACGUGGCCAACUCGAUUGGACUUGACGGGCCACGGACGGUGGUGCUGACCGGGCCGAACAUGGGCGGCAAGAGCUCGCUGGCGCGGUCUGUGGCGCUGCUGGCGGUGAUGGCGCAGAUGGGAUCGUACGUGCCCGCAACCGAGAUGGUGCUCACGCCGUUUGAUGCGGUGUACACACGAAUGGGCGCCUCGGACGCACUGUUCAAGGGCCACUCGACGUUCUUUGUCGAGCUGCUGGAGACUGCCAACGUGCUCGCCGAGGCGACGCCGCGGUCGCUUGUCAUUCUGGACGAGCUUGGGCGCGGAACGUCGACUCACGAUGGGGUGGCCAUUGCGGCGGCAGUGCUCCAUCACCUAGUGACGGUGACGCAGCCUGUCACGCUUUUCAUCACGCAUUAUCCGCAGAUGGCGGCGUUUGAGGCCCAGUUUGCGGAGCAGGUGGCCAACUACCACAUGUCGUUUAUGAAGUCGCGAGGCGGCGAGGGCGAGGGCGAGGGCGAGGACGAGCUUGUGUUCCUCUACCAGCUUGUUGCCGGCUGCGCCGACGACUCGUACGGGCUCAACGUGGCGCGGCUGGCAGGCAUUCCGGCGGACAUCCGCAAGCGGGCUGCGGCCAAGUCAGCCGAGCUCGCGCUGUGGGACUCGCUGAAGACCCGCGACUGGCUCGUCCGUAAGCUGGUCACCGGCGGGACCGGCGUCCGUAAGGUCGACAUCGUGCACGAGCUGGAGCACUGGUUCGGCAUGCGGCUGCAGCAGGCGCAAGCGGAGGCAAAGUAAAGAGCGCUACGAGUGGACA